CCUCUUGUCUCUCCUCAUCUGAUGAAGUGUACUAUGAGCCUAAAGACAUAUGAGAAAGGCCUCUUCAUCCUCCUUCAUCACCCAAGGAGCAGCCUUCAUCUUGGCCUUAGUACUUUUCUCAUAUUGGUCUUCAGCGACUCUCGAUCUGACUUCUAUUCCUCCAUGGGCAUGACAUUGGUGUGGUAACCAUCCAUGCCCUCUUCCUUGUCGUCCAUGUCUCUUUGGGAUUGGCGGUUCUGAGGACGAUUCCACGUCCAAAUACCAUGCUGGGAAUUGAGUCCCUGGCAUCAGAGUGUCCAUGGCCCUCCACACUUACCUGCCCAUUAAAGUACUUCUUUUCAUUAUCAUUUGCCUUAUCGGGCUCCAAUACCUGAGUUUACUUCAGGUCAAUGAGCGUCGACGCAGUCAUGUCAAUCGAUCUCUGUUCACACUCAAUUGGGGCGACACGCCCACUCUCCAUUCUGAGAGUGGGCGAGCUUACGGAAAGAUCCCUUUAUUGAAGAGCAUAUCUCGGUAUUUUGAGGAAAAGAGCAACCAAAACAGUACUGGGGUAGAUGAGGUAGAUCCGGAGAUCGACGAGCAUAUGAACCCUUCUAUGGUAGGUCAAGUGGGUAAUGGGUCAAUGAGUGGUGAGCUUCCACAAUGUCCCAUGAUUCCACCGGAUCUUCAUGGACCAGUGAAGGUCAACGUUCGUCAGGUGCCAGCCACCAUGUCAGAAAUCGAACAACUGUACCCUCAUUUGCAACCAGGUGGGCGGUACAAGCCUCCUAAUUGCACGAGUCGCCAUCGGGUUGCCAUCAUUGUGCCAUUUCGGGCCCGAGAAGAUCAUCUCCGGACUUUCUUGUUGAACAUCCACUCUUUUUUGAAGAAACAACUGCUGGAUUAUGGUAUCUUCAUUAUCGAGCAAUACGGUGAUGGGCCUUUCAAUCGGGCCAUGUUGCUGAAUGUGGGUGCGGCCGAAGCUUUAAAACAGUACGAUUAUCAGUGCUUUGUGUUCCAUGAUGUUGAUCUCUUGCCCGAGGACGAUCGCAACUUGUACACAUGCCCAGUGCAGCCCCGACACAUGUCUGUGGCCAUCAACAAUUUCUUGUAUCGUCUUCCUUACGAUGACAUCUUUGGCGGAGUCUCGGCCAUGAAAGUGGAGCAUUAUCGAGAGGUGAAUGGGUUUUCCAACAUGUUUUGGGGGUGGGGCGGCGAGGAUGACGACAUCUCAAAUCGGCUGAGACAGAAGAAGCUUUACAUUUCGCGGUACCCUGCCAAUAUUGCACGAUAUAAGAUGCUUCGCCACAGCAAGGACAAGGCCAACCCAGAGCGAUUCAAAUAUCUUUACAGUGGUGCUAAGAGAAUGAGCAAGGACGGGUAUAACUCUCUCAAGUAUAAGCGGAUCGACUUACUCUUGAAACGGCUUUACACCUGGAUUCUCGUGGAUCUUCCCCAUCUGAAGCGGUAGAAAUGAUGCCCAUGCUCGGUCCAACCGACAUCUAGUCCCUCAAACUAGACCACCCUUGGUUUGGGAUUUUCACUCCAGUUCUCAAAAAUGAUUAAACGCUUCUAGUUACGUAUAAUUCACUUUGGAACGAUUGGUUCCAAUUGUUAAAAAAAGAAAGUAGUCAAAUGGCUGUGAGUGAAUCCCGAUCACGACUUAACACCCCAACGAUUGAAAAAUUGACUUACCUUAAAAGGAGCACUCCCCUUCAAAGAAAAACGUCUUGUACGUAAUGGCCAAAAAUUGUUCCACUUUUUAGAUCCCAGAAUUCAUUUCAGUGUUACAAAGAUUAUAAAUUAUGAUGAUUUGUACCUUGUUGAAGCCGAUGGUGUAUGCAAACUUGAAUUGACACACCUGUACGGUUGUAAUAUUGCGCAAAAAUAUUGAUUGACAAGUAUCCCAUGCUAAGCAAGUACGAAAAUACAUUAAAUUCGCCGCCUG